AUGAUGCUCCUAAAAUCAUCCCUUUUGGCUACCUUGGCCCACGGCAUUUGCAUAUAUGCUGCUGUCUACGAUUGGGAUGUCACUUGGGUCAACCGGAACCCAGAUGGUCUGCACGCAAGACCUGUCAUCGGUAUCAACAAUCAAUGGCCAGUCCCAGUAAUCAUUGCCAAUGUUGGUGAACAGAUUACUGUGCAUCUAACUAAUCAACUGGGAAACGAGACGACAAGUGUGCAUUUCCAUGGUCUUUUCCAGAACGGCACCAAUUCUAUGGAUGGCCCGACGGGAGUGACGCAAUGCCCAAUCGGCCCUGGGGAGACUUUCACCCAAGUCUUUACGGUUAAUCAGCCUGGGACUUACUGGUAUCAUUCCCACAACGGGGGCCAAUACCCUGACGGUUUCCGAGGGCCUAUCUUGAUCCACGAUCCAGCCUCGCCUUAUGCUGGCCAAUACGACGAAGAGCUGGUGCUGACCCUAUCGGAUUGGUACCACAAACAGAUGCCAGAGCUAAUCCCUGGCUUUCUCUCCCCAAUUCAAAAUCCUUCCGGGGCAGAACCAAUUCCUGACUCAGCAAUCAUUAAUGACAACGCGACGACAUCAUUCGCCAUCACACCGGGCAAGACAUACAUGGUCAGGAUCAUCAACAUGGCCAACUUCGCCGCAUUCUUUGUUACAUUCGACCAACAUGAGAUGACCAUCAUCGAGGUCGAUGGCGUUUAUACCGUAGCCCAAAAAACAGACCUAAUUUACCUCUCCGACGCUCAGCGUAUGAGUGUCUUGAUAACAGCAAAGCCCAAUGCUGAUGAGAACUUCGCAUUUGUUGGCGCCAUGGAUCCUUCCAUGUUCGACAGUGUCCCUUCAACUCUGGAUCUUAAUGCUACCGGGUAUCUUGUGUACGAUGCCGCGAAGCCGUUGCCUUCGGGAGCUCCGACUUUCGCCUCCUACGAUGGCGGCUUGGCCUUGGAUGAUUUCGGCUUAGUACCGUACGACAAAUUGGCUUUGUUCGCGCCUGUCACUCGCCAAAUCAUAUUCAACGUGAACUCUGGGGUUACUGAUAACCAGAACCGAUUCACCAUCAACAACAUCACUUAUACCGAACCAAAAGUGCCCUCACUCUACACAGCUUUAAGCGUUGGCAAAGACGCCACGAACCCAAUUGUCUAUGGUUAUGCCGCCAACGCCCAUGUAGUAGACUACUACGACACAGUUGAAGUAGUAGUCAACAACUUCGACACAGGCGGCCAUCCGCUCCACAUACACGGCCACAACUUCCAGAUAGUACAGCGCUCCGCAACCAACGCUGGCGUCUACGGUGGAACGCCCAUCGACCCCCCAGCAACUCCCAUACGUCGCGAUGUAGUCAAGGUCAAUGCGGGUGGUUACGUAACCUUUCGCUUCAUAGCAAACAACCCAGAUAAGUAUCCCCUAUCCCCUAUCUGCACCCCAACACCUUCGCUGACCAAAAGCCUGCACGUGUCUGGGCAUUCCACUGCCACAUAG